UUUGGACUGGACACAUGUAGAAGCUGAGCGAGCAAGCUGAUGGUGCUCUCUGAAUUUGGCUCGAGCCUUUUUUAUCCAGAGAGCACCAUGGCCAGGCUCUGCAAAGUAUUGCUUCUUUUUGGGACAGUCAGCGACGUCUAUCAGCGCCGACUCUGGACGGGUGUGUCCCGUCGAGUUUUCACGCGUGAGAACAAGGUGACCCUGAGACGAUACAAGGUGACCCUGCAAUCGGAUGAGGAAAGUGUGAGUUUCGAGUGUGCUGCUGAUGAAUACGUCUUAGCGCAGGCAGAAGAGCAGGGCAUUGAAAUGCCUAGCUUGUGUCGUUAUGGGAACUGUGCAGCAUGUAUUGGAAAGCUUCUGUCCGGUCACAUGGAUCAGAGUGAGCAAGUGUAUUUGACUGAAGAAGAGUUGGAGGAGGGCUAUUGCAUCACAUGUGUUGGAUAUCCCGCCUCAGAUGUGACGAUCAAAACUGGUUGCAGGGACGAAGUGAUUGAGAGCAAAUGCUGUUUCAGCACACCGUUGUGUGCUUGGUGUCCAUAUCAAGGCAUGGAGGGGGAGCGACCCCAAAAAAGCGGACGCCCUGGGGUUGGCUGAGCGAAAGGAGCGAAAAAGCGGGACGGAGGUCAAUUUGUUGGCGGCUCCGGCCGCGCAUUGUUGUGCCAUGGUGAUGAAAGAUGC